AUGGCCUCUCCGGGUAAAGGGGCUCCUGCGCAGGAGUGGGACGAGAUCGUGCCGGCUCCCGACCGUGACGCGACUGCGGCCAGCGGGUUGCGCGACAAGGCGACAGACUUCCUCGCCAGCCACGGCUCGGACGACACUUCUUUUACGUACGAAGAGGAGAAGGCGGUGGUGGGCCGCAUCGACCGCCGAGUCUUGCCCCUGAUUCUGGGCGCGUACUUCUUCCAGCAGCUGGACAAAAGUUCUCUGAGCUACGUUUCCAUCUUCGGUAUCAGCGACGAUGCGCACCUCGUGGGCCAGCAGUACUCGUGGCUGGGCUCGAUUCUCUACCUAGCGCAGCUGGUCAUGCAGCCGCUGGCGGCCUUUGUGCUCGUGAAGCUGCCCACGGGCAAGGUGCUAGCCACGGCCAUCUUCCUCUGGGGCUCGGCGCUGGCCAUCAUGUCGUCGUGCACAAACUUCCCGUCGCUGCUGGGGCUCCGCUUCGUGCUCGGCUCGUUCGAGGCCAUGAUCGCGCCGUGCUGCGUCGCUAUCACGCAGAUGUGGUGGCGCCGCGGCGAGCAGACGAUGCGCAACAGCUACUGGAACGCCAUGAAUGGCGUUACGGCCAUCGUCGGUAGUCUCUUCACCUACGGCCUGGGCCACAUUCAGAGCGAGCGCCUGUUCAAGUACCAGAUUAUCUUCAUGUUCUGCGGCCUCCUGACGGUCCUGUUUUCGGUUGUCGUAUUUGUCCUCAUGCCGGACUCGCCUAUGGAAGCGAAGUACCUCAGGGAUCGCGAGAAGGUGAUAGCCGUCGAGAGGCUGCGGGCGAAUCAGAUGGGCGUCGCUUCGAGAGAGUGGCGCUGGGACCACGUGUGGGAGACUCUGUGGGACUUGAAGACGUGGUGCUGGUUUGUCAUCAUUGUUGCCAUUUCCGGCGGCAUUUCCACUUUUGGCAGCCUCAUCGUCAAGUCCUUUGGAUACACCAACUUCGAGGCCAUUCUGUUCAACAUCCCGUUCGGAGCCAUCCAAAUCAUUGUCAUCAUCGGGUCCGGCUGGGUCGCCACCCGGUUCCAGAGCAAAGGGCUCGUGAUUGCGGGUGUCAGCGUCUUGCCGGCCGUGGGGACCAUCCUGAUGCUCACAGUUCCCCGCGCGUACAAGGGAGUGUUGCUGUUUGGCUACUACUUGGUCUCAUGCCUUGCAGCGAUCACACCGCUCAUCUAUGCCUGGCAGGCGCAGAACACGGGCGGAGACACCAAGAAGAAGUGCACCUCGGCCGUGGUGUUCAUAGGGAUGUGCACCGGGAACGUCAUUGGGCCGCUGCUCUUCUCGACCGACCAGGCGCCGCUCUACCGGCCGGGUCUUAUUGCUGCUUUGAUUAUGUUUGUGACGGUGGGCGGGCUGUCAGCACUCAUCCCCCUGUACCUCAUCAUUCUCAACCGUCAACACGCUAAGCAACGCGAGAGGCUAGGGAAGGAUGCGGUACUUGUUGACGAGUCGAUGCUAGCAAAGAACCAGAUGGAAAACAGCAAGGCCGUCGAGAUUGAAGGGGGCGGCGCGAACAGAAACCAGAGAGCGCUCGACGAGGACAAUGCCAUGCGCGACAUGACAGAUGUCAAGAAUGAAGACUUCAUCUACGUGUACUGA